UGGCCGCCGCCUAGCCGAGUCCUCAGGAGGCGUCACGGCCGCAGCAGCGCUCGGCGGAUCCUGGCGCGCCUGGCCACUUGCAGGCUGUCCUGAGGUCCGGACCCAAGGGGCCAUGGCUUCCAGGCAGGCUCCCUGCUGCCUCUGGCUCCUGAGCAUCGUCCUUCUGAUGGACGCGUCCGCACGGCCUGCCAACCACUCAUCUGCACGGGACAAAGCAGGCCACAGGGAGGACAAUGAGAUCCUGCCUCCAGACCACCUGAAUGGGGUGAAGCUGGAGAUGGACGGGCACCUCAACAAGGACUUCCACCAGGAGGUCUUCCUGGGGAAGGACACGGACGGGUUCGAGGAGGAUGCAGAGCCUCGGAAGAGCAGGAGGAAGCUGAUGGUCAUUUUCUCCAAGGUGGACGUGAACGCCGACGGGAGGAUCAGCGCCAAGGAGAUGCAGCGCUGGAUCGCAGAGAAGACGGCCGAGCACUUCCAGGAGGCCGUGGGCGAGAGCCGGGCACACUUCCGCGCAGUGGACCCCGACGGCGAUGGCCACGUGUCGUGGGACGAGUACAAGGUGAAGUUCUUGGUGAGCAAAGGCCACAACGAGAGGGAAGUUGCUGAGAAGAUCAAGAAUAACCAGGAGCUGAAAGUCGACGAGGAGACACAGGAAGUCCUGGAGAACCUCAAAGACCGCUGGUACCAGGCAGACAACCCCCCUUCGGACCUGCUGCUGACCGAGGAUGAGUUCCUGUCCUUCCUGCACCCGGAGCACAGCCGUGGCAUGCUCAAGUUCAUGGUCAAGGAGAUCGUCCGGGACCUGGAUCAGGACGGCGACAAGCAGCUCUCGCUGCCCGAGUUCAUCUCUCUGCCCGUGGGCACCGUGGAGGACGAGCGGGGCCAGGGCGUCGACGACAGCUGGGUGAGGGACCGGAGGAAGGAGUUUGAGGAACUGAUCGACGCCAACCACGACGGCAUCGUGACCAUGGCAGAGCUGGAGGAGUACAUGGACCCCAUGAACGAGUACAAUGCCCUCAACGAGGCCAAGCAGAUGAUCGCCGUGGCCGACGAGAACCAGAACCAGCACCUGGAGCCCGAGGAGGUGCUCAAGUACAGCGAGUUUUUCACGGGCAGCAAGCUCAUGGACUACGCCCGCAACGUGCACGAGGAGUUCUGAGCCGGCCUGUGCCGCAGGCUGCUGCUGGCGUCCGUGCUGCUGGCGCCUCGCGGUUCUGAGAACUCGGCGGCCGCGGGGUACCAAUCACCUCGAGCCCCGGGCUCGCCGCUGUGGGAAACAGCUCUGGUUUCCUCGAAGCUGAACAGCUGGGGCCGCGGGCCUGGCGGGCGGGUGGGCGGCUGUCUGACCCGCUGAGGCUGCUCAGCCUCUGGGAGGCCCGGACGGUGGCAGAGUCUCGCUGACUGGCUCUGAGAUGUAGUUGCCUCUCUUCCCAGCUGUAUUUCCGGUGGAGAAAUCCCAUAAACGGUGGUCGGAACCCCG